CAACGUGGACCUCCUUUCAGUUCAGCCACAGUCCCCUCCUACCUCCUCAGAUAUAGUGAGCAUUUUGACUAGCCGCGGAGUCAACCAGAGCUGAAUCUUUAACAGAGCACACUGCUGGGUCUCUCUGCCUCAGCCCCCAGACACACACACACACACACACCAUACACACACACACCGACCAAACACAUGGAGUACUGCCGCGCUGUGUUUCUCUGGAUCUGCUGCAGCCUGUUACCAGGGCUCCAUGAUGGUUUCAACAUCCACACCAAGAACCACAGGAUCAUCAAGGGCCCCAAGCAGGCCCAGUUUGGAUACACUGUGCAGCAGCACGUUGCCGGGGGACAAAAGUGGUUAUUGGUGGGAGCUCCAUAUGAAACCAAUGGUCACCACCAGACAGGGGAUGUGUACAAAUGCCCAUUGGGGAAACGGUCCAAUGGCAGCUGCUCCAAACUCAACCUAGGAAGGAUUUCUCUGACUAAUGUCGCCGAGCGAAAAGACAAGAUGAGGCUGGGGAUGACGCUGACAACCAACCCCAAAGACAACAGCUUUGUGGUCUGUGGACCCCUGUGGUCCUAUGAGUGUGGCAGCUCAUACUACAGCACUGGAAUAUGCUCUCGAGUCAACGCCAGCUUCAAAUUCUCCAAAACCAUAGCUCCAGCCUUCCAGAGGUGUGAGACCUACAUGGAUAUAGUGAUCGUUCUGGAUGGUUCCAACUCCAUCUACCCCUGGACGGAGGUGCAAGCCUUUCUUAUCAACAUUCUACAGAAGUUCUACAUUGGACCAGGCCAGAUACAGGUUGGAGUGGUGCAGUAUGGGGAGAAGGUGGUGCACGAGUUCCAUCUGAAUGACUACAAGUCGGUGGAGGAGGUGGUGAAGAGAGCAAGCAACAUCCAUCAGAGAGGUGGAGAGGAAACCAACACGGCACUCGGCAUCAACGUCGCUCGCUCAGAAGCAUUCAAACGAGGAGCCCGACGAGGCGCCAAGAAGGUGAUGAUCGUGAUCACUGACGGGGAGUCACAUGACAGCCCUGACCUUCAACAGGCCAUCGAGGACAGCGAGAAGGAUGGCAUCACCCGCUAUGCCAUCGCUGUGCUUGGCUACUACAACCGGCGUGGAAUCAACCCAGAGGCAUUCUUGAAUGAAAUCAAGUAUAUCGCUAGUGACCCUGAUGACAAGCACUUCUUCAAGGUGACUGAUGAGUCUGCCUUGAAGGACAUUGUGGACGCGCUUGGGGAUAGGAUCUUCAGUUUGGAAGGGACCAGUAAGAACGGGACAGCCUUUGGCCUCCAGAUGUCUCAGGCUGGCUUCUCUUCACACUUCGUGGAGGAUGGGAUCCUGGUGGGGGCACCAGGGGCCUACGACUGGAAUGGAGCCGUCCUGAAGGAGACCCGGCAGGGGAAGGUGGUUCCACCCAAGUCCUCCUACUCACAGGAAUUCCCAGAGGAGCUGAAGAACCACGGCGCCUACCUAGGUUACACAGUAACAUCGGUGGUGUCGGCCAGGAAUGGUCGGCUGUACGUGGCAGGGGCACCGCGGUUCAACCAUACUGGCAAGGUCAUCAUCUUCACCCUGAAGAACACUGGUAACCUCACCAUCCUGCACUCCCUCAAAGGACAACAGAUCGGGUCGUACUAUGGGAGUGAGAUCUCCCCGGUGGAUAUAGAUGGUGACGGAGUAACAGACAACCUACUGGUGGCAGCUCCCAUGUUCUUCAGUGGAGGCUGGGAGAAGGGCAAGGUGUACAUCUACAGAGUGACUGAGCUGAAUCGUUUCGUCCUGGAGGGAGCGUUGGAGAUCCAGGACCAUGGUCAGAACGCUCGGUUCGGCUCCUCGCUGGCCCCGGUCCCUGACCUGAACGGGGACGGCUUCAACGACGUGGUGGUGGGGGCUCCUCUGGAGGAUGACCACAGAGGAGCUAUCUACGUCUUCUUCAGCCAACGCAACAGGAUUCUGAGGAAAUACAAACAGAGGAUAGCUGCGUUAGACAUCGCUAGUGGCCUGCGCUACUUUGGCCGUAGUAUCCAUGGCAGUAUGGACAUGAAUGAGGAUGGCCUGGUGGACUUGGCCGUGGGAUCCCUGGGGGCGGCCGUGCUUCUAUGGUCUCGCAGUGUCGUCCGAAUUCACGCCAACAUCAGGUUUGAACCCAGCAAGAUCAACGUCUUUGUGAAGGACUGUGAGAGGGGAGGCAAGGACGUGACCUGCAUGUCAGCCAUAGUGUGUCUAAACGUCACCGCCCGGACAGCCAUACCUCCUACACAGGAAGUGGCUAUCACUUACAACACCACCAUUGGGGAGCGCCGAUUCAACCCCAGAGCCAUAAUGGACGACCCUGAUAAACUGCUGUUUCAAAACCUGACCCUGCUUUCUGGAGAGGAGACCUGUCAACACAUCUACUUCCAUGUCAUGGAGACCACGGACUACGUGAGGCCCAUCGUGUUCACUGUGGCAGUGGCACUGCAGGAUCUCGACCAGGGCCCUGCGCUGGACGACACCUGGCCCACCACCUUCAGGACUGAGCUUCCCUUCUGGAAUGGCUGUGAUGAGGACGACCGUUGUAUACCAGGCCUGUCCUUACAGAGUACAACUGACCUGCUGUCUUGGAGGCAGUUCUGUGGGAAUGCAGUCCACUCCAGGGGUGCGAUGUGUCGACGUCUGUCCGAAGGAGGGCCGGAGGGGUCAGAGCGAGUGAUGGAGGGAUCGAGGCGGAGGAUGGUGGUGGACGUUCGUCUGGAGAACAGGGGAGAAAACGCCUACGGAGCCCGCCUCAACAUCACCUACACUCCUAACCUACGAUUCUCUAGUCUCAUAGUCAAGGACAACUCGGAUAUGAAGAUAGAGUGUCGCAGUGAGGACAGACAGAGGCAUGAGAAGACCUGCAACGUCAGUGCUCCCUUCAUGAGAGCCAAGACGCAGCCCAGUGCAGUGUUCCCUGUAGAGGCCAGCCCAGUGAAACCAGCAGUGUUCCCUGUAGAGGACAGCCCAGUGAAACCAGCAGUGUUCCCUGUAGAGGCCAGCCCAGUGAAACCAGCAGUGUUCCCUGUAGAGGCCAGCCCAGUGAAACCAACAGUGUUCCCUGUAGAGGCCAGCCCAGUGAAACCAGCAGUGUUCCCUGUAGAGGACAGCCCAGUGAAACCAGCAGUGUUCCCUGUAGAGGCCAGCCCAGUGAAACCAGCAGUGUUCCCUGUAGAGAGAAUCCGUUUGGGAAACACUUUGCUCAGUUGUCUUGAGUUGGCCCAGAGUAAAGGAGAGUACCUAAGGUGUCUUGAGUUGGCCCAGAGUAAAGGAGAGUACCUAAGGUGUCUUGAGUUGGCCCAGAGUAAAGGAGAGUACCUAAGGUGUCUUGAGUUGGCCCAGAGUAAAGGAGAGUACCUAAGGUGUCUUGAGUUGGCCCAGAGCAGAGGAGAGUACCUAAGGUGUCUUGAGUUGGCCCAGAGCAGAGGAGAGUACCUAAGGUGUCUUGAGUUGGCCCAGAGUAAAGGAGAGUACCUAAGGUGUCUUGAGUUGGCCCAGAGCAAGGAGAGUACCUAA